GAGGAGGAGGAGGGAAAGGCGGGCGGGGGGCAGAUAAGCGGGCGGGCUCUGGAGUCCGAGUGCGCAGUAGUGUGAUAGCCAGACAGACUCCUAGAAGGCAGAAGUAAGAAGUCACCGCUGCUCGUGCCGUGAGAAAUAGCGCUCCUGCUGCCCGACGCUAGGGGGGAAAAAAACCCACGAAAAGCUGAUCGCCACCGUUCGGCAUUGCCGCUUGCUCCGCCAUGCCGAAGAGAAAGGUAAACGCUGCUGAAGAAGAGCCCAAGAGACGAUCAGCACGAUUGUCAGCUAAACCUAUCCCUGCCAAAGUUGAAACUAAACCAAAAAAGCCAGCUUCAAAGGAUAAGUCUGAGGAAAAGAGAGCCCAAACGAAAGGAAAAAAGGGACCAAAAGGGAAGCAAACUGAAGAGAUCAAUAAAGAAGUAAAUGAUAACUUGCCUGCAGAAAAUGGAGAAGCAAAAAGUGAUGAGGCAAAGAAGAAGAAAAGCAGAAGAUGGUGCACCAGCUGUGGAACACUUACUUGCAAGGACCACUGAUGUGAAGUGUGAUGAGUGCCAUUAGGCUGGUACCAAAAAUGUACCUUCAUUGUAGAGCAUAUUCCUCAUUCUUAAUAGUUUUGUGCUUAGGGUAGAAAAAUGUCAUCAGUAAACAAGAAUAAUAUAUGCUUUAACUUGCUGAUUAUGCUACUCUAUAUUGGAAACCUAAUAUAUUGUGUUCAAAACAUACAGCAGUUCCUGUUUAAAAAUAAAAAUUGGCAGAAUAAAAUGUGUGUUAGUUGCUCCAUAUGUGAAAAAGGUGCAAAGUUCUACCCAGAACAGAACACUCCACCUCCCAUGUGAAAGUGUGGUUUCAGGCUCUGUGUACUUGGGUAUUGUAAAAUGCAUUUUUUUAAAGAUGCUAGGCGAUUUGGCAUACUCACAUCACCAAUAUUCGCAAUCAAGGCUUGGCACAGGACAAUAAGCUCUUACUAGUCUGGAUGAUCAAGUCAGUUCAUCAAACAUCUGGCACAGGAACUUAAUUAUUUGGUUUCUCUGCUGCAUUCCGUUUAGAGAUGCUGGUUUGAAUUCAAAAUAAUAUGGACAGGAGGAGAAAAUGUAUUGGUGCUGUUUCAUGAAUUCUUGUGUUCAGUGAAGUGCAGCAAAAAAAAAAGUCUGAAAUGGAAAAUAUUUCACUAAUGAACUCCAUGAGGAAAUUUCCAUUAACUAGCUGACCCUGCACAGAGCAUCUGUGUGCUCUUUGGGGCUGGCUACCUCUCCCCCACCCCCACCCCCUUCUGCCCCAGUCUCCGGUCAGCCCAUGCCGGUCCCAGGCUGCUGGACUGAGUGCUGCCGCCUGGCUGAGUGCCGCUGCCGGGGCUGGUCCUCCACUGCCUUGCUUCAGCCAAUCAGGUGCCACCGCCUGGCCAAUCAGCUGGGCGCCGGGACACACAUUUCAAGGCUCACCCAGGAUAAUUAAAUAUAUAGAUGUGUUUUUCUGUGGAAAAUUAAUUUUUAAAACUCCAAGUAAAUAAAAAGCAAAGUAGUGAUUGUGUCAGAUACUUGAGAAAAUUGUGUUCCAUUUCUUUUGGCCCUAUUCACCCCCAGCACAGUACUUCCAGUGACUGUUGCUGGUGUCUAUCUUAUGUUUAUUUUUCUGUGUAAAUGGCCCUGAGCCAUUUUUGGAAGGUGGUAUAGAAAUUGAAUGAAUGAAUGAAUAAAUAAAUUUUUUUAGCUAUAUUGCUGGCAUGAUUGAGGUUGUCAAACUAAUUUUUCAAAAGAUUGUGGGGGUGCUGAAAUAGAACCUCUUGUUUACAAAGCUGUAUGGUAAAGUUUUAAGGUCAGUCCUCAAAAAAACAGAAUGGCUGCCAACCAAAACUGAGGAUGACCAUAACCAAUCUAUGGAAAGUGAUAAUUGCAUUGGUUUUGUCUCAUGUUUUGUUUUUGCUCACUAACACACAAACAUGCUGGGAAGAGGGUACAAUAUAUAUUUUUGAGAGUAAAAUUUUGAAUGACACUUCAGAUGGAAAUAAGAUUGGGGAAAAAUAUGUUCUUUAAAAUUGUGAUAACUUCUUUCUGGAGGAAUGGUCCUUUGAGAAGCCAGAAUUGGAGCAUGGGCAGUGUAUGGUUGUUAGUAAAAUGGAAGAGUGCUGUGGUGGGGGGGGGGGAGGAGAGGAAAUGCCAGUUGAGCUUUUGGAAAGCUAAAUGUGGCAGUUAAGUAUGAGCAGGGGCUCCUGAAUGAACAGAGAGGAGAUCCUGGAUUAGCCAUGCAUACUGAUUGAGAGAGAAUCCUGAAGGAGUGAAAAGUGGGUUGGUGGUAGUACUCUGGUUUGGGAGAGGACUUUGUGUUAAGAGGAAACUCUAGAGUAUUUAAAAGAGUUGCAGUCUUUCCCCCCCUCUUAUUGAAUUAUUUGUUCUUUAAACUACUAUUGUAUUGCCUAUUCACCCAGUACUCUGAGAAAAAUUCUGGCUGGAAGCUUGGUAGAGUUCUAACAUCCCCUGCAAUAGAGCCCCAAUAAUCCCGUCCCCUCUAGUGUUUCCUCUAAGGCAUGUGCAUGUGCUCACACAGUUUUUGAUGUCCGCUCAGUUAAUUUUAGAUCUCGCUCAGUUUUAAUCAGGAAGGUCCCGCUCUGAAUGCAUGUGCGCACACACUGCCUUGAUACUGUCGCCCAGAACAAAACUCAUUCUGCACACAGACCAAAAAAAUUAGAAUACUUCCCUUUCCCAAAUUUUACAUAUUAGUUUUUUAGAAUACUUGUCCUGAGAUCUAAAUGCACUCAGUUGAACCCAGUGGGGCCUAAUUUGGAGUAAGCAUGUUCUUGGUAUUGCAGAUGUAAUCAGAUUAGUGCUCUGAAGCAUACCAAAACUCUGUAGAGAAAAAAUGAAUUACCCAGGUUCUUUUUGAGUGUAAGAUAGAAUAAUUUGAAUAUCUUUUUUCAGGUAAAUGCAACCAGUCUUUAUUCUUAAGUGAUCAAAGGUGGUGUUGCAUGCUAUGUGCAUAAUUUGCUGAGAACGUUUGAUUCAGUAGUACAAGUCCUAACUUUGACUGCAGCAAGGCAGAAAUUAAAGAAUUUGAAAUAGAGAUUACAUAUUUGCCCAUGGUUCAGAAUGCACCAUACUGUAUACCAACCUUAUUAUGGUAUAAAUCAUGUUAUGUUGAUUACACUCAAAGGAAAAAUUGAGAAGUUAAAUCUAUAAUUCCAUAGCUGCAACUUCUUCUGGUAACAUAAGUAAUGUUCUGCUGUCAGUUGUGCAACUAUUCACAGCUAAUGAACUGGAAUAUCUGCAAGUCAAGGCAUCAAGAUAGUCUUCUGUAUACAGAGACCAUGAACAACCAAACUAUUUCAUUCCGCAAAGUAUGUGGAGUGUAUUAAUGUGUGCAUAGCAGAUGUUAAUAAUCUUAUAACUGCUUUUAUUUAUUUUAUUUAUACUACUGCCAGAAUUGCUUAGAGAAGUACUUCAGACACACGGAUGAAGCCAAAACUAAUAAUGGAGAUGUAGCUAUGAUUUUGCUUGGAUGGAAAUCCUAGCAUUCUGCAACUAAAAGUCAUGUUUUGGAACUGCAACAUACUUGUGCUGUGAAGAACUAGGUAAUGAAGCAAACUUUGAAAUCUUCAAAUUUUAUACAGUUGACAAUCUACAUUCAAGAAGAAAUAAUCAUCCUAUGCCAAAGGCACCUAUGAGUGUACUAUGUGAUAGUACAAAGAUCAAUAGUCCCUUGUACCAAUUUGUAUCAUUUUUCUCAGUGGAAGUUCAUAAUCACUCAGUGCAGUUGGAUGGGGUAUCCAUUACUAUCCCUGUCUCCUGAGUUGGAAGAUGUGUCACUCAGUGACCCAUGUAAAAAUAAAACUGCAAUUGAAUAUACUAGCUUGUCCACCAUACGAAGGAGUAGAUGUUACUAAAGAGGUGGCGACAGAGUGUGCUGUUGUACCUGGUCUCUACUUUUUUCUUUCCUGAGUGGUAAUUAGAUACUGAGGAACUAGAGGAAUUGGAAUCCUUUGAAAGAUCAAGACUUAGGGCUCAACAACAUGUUGACAAUGAAAAUGGCACCCACAUAUGCAUGGAUGCCAUAUGUGUGCUGGCACUGUGCACUGCUUCUUGGGAUGAGCACCACUGCAGCAGGAAGCUGCAUGUGGUGGCGGAGAGCAGUAAAGACCUGCUCUUAAAGAAGAAAAGAUCCCGCUUGCUGCUCCCCUCACUGUGGCACUAAACCAGUGCACAAACCUCUGUUCUUGCACAUCCUGAUUGUUAGUAAAGGAAGCUUUUUCUGUCAAGUCAUGUCAUGUUUAUUUACGGUCAUAGACCAAAAUUUACAUACAUAAUAAUACACGUAAUAUAGUAAUAAUAUAUACAUAAUAUAAUCAGGAACAUGGACUCAUCCUAAUCGGCAAUUUCCCGUUAGCAUAAUCUGAUUUACCAUCUGUUGUCUAGCCUUCUUAGCUGCCUCACAGAACUUAGCAACUUUAAAUGUUACUUCCUCCUUCUGAGAAGCUUUUUCUGUUAUAGGUAGUCAUAACUCUUUCAGGUCCACUGUAAGAAGGAAAAUAGCUGGCAAACAAUUGUAGAAAGACCUAUGUAAAUAAUUCAACAAGAAUGAAGAGACUUUCAGCAUGAUGUGCUAACAAAUGUUUCACAAAAGAAUAAAAUACUUGUAUAAGAAGCUGCUGCUGUGAAGUAGAACAUCAUCUGAGGAACACCUACAUCAGGAAUCAUGUAUGUUUAACAAAUAGAUUAACAACUUUAGAUUGCUAGCAUCUCGUACUUUCAAGUGAUGGAAUUAAUAAUGCUACUCUAGACAUGGGUUAAACUCAUUUUCUGUCUUUUGUUGCAAGAACCUGAAAACUUGAGUAAAACAGAUUUGUCAAACAUGGAAAUGGAAAACGUGCUACCAGGUCUGUGGGAAGGCCCUUUGUCACAAGAAGAUGGUUGAUAGCAAGUGUGGUGGAUAAAACGUCAGGAAAAAGCAAGCAAAAGGAGAUGAGACACUAGCUCAAACUACAUAUGUGAAUAGUGCAUAUUUCUGUAUAACUGAAAUCAAUACUGGAAGGAGUGUUACUAAUUGUCCAUAAGUUCGCAUCACGUAACUGCUUAUGACAUUCUUUUUUAGAGAACAGUUCAACAAUGGCUAUUCAAAAAAUCAAGUAGAAUUGCUGACACAUCAGAUGGAUAAACUGAUACACAAGGAAGUAAUUUACUGAGCAUCAUGUUUCCAGCACCUGAAACAAUAUUCCUGAAAGCAAUUGCUACCGAAUCUUGACUUACAAGUGAAUAUUUAGUCAGUUUAUUGAGAAGAGAUUGAAAGAGCAGGGCCGUAUUAGUGUACAAGCCCUAGUAACCAACACUGCAAGUAACAUGGAAGCUGCAUGGAAAAUAUUAAAGGCAAAACAUUAUCAUAUAAUAAGUAUUUGACUUCCCUAUUCAUAGAUUGAAUCUUCUGGCAAAGGACAAAGUAUGUGUGCAUGCAAUGCAAACAAUAUUGGCAAACUGUAAACUAAUUGUGAAGGUAUUCAAUGAUUGUAUUGCUAAUUAGAUACUGAAGAGAUUACAGAAAGGAAAACAUGGGAGAAAAGUGCUCUUCUAUUACUAGCAUAAACUAGACAGGACUUGGAUGCAAAGUAUUUUUUUUGUUGCAUUAAAAAAAAAAACCUGCAGUGUGCUACUGUCGAUGCCACUGUAUCGCAAAUUAUUUCUAUCAUCCUUUGUAAAUAUUCUUGACAAAAGCUUGUGGUUUGUUUUUGUUUGAGUGCAGGCUGGGUCAGCCAGAACAUGUAGACAAAUUAGGUGGUUGCUUAGGGUGGCAAAUGUUAAGGGGUGCCAAAUUAGAAGUGGUUUUUUAAAUUUUUAUUCUAGGUAAAUAAAAAUCUCACAUAGAAUAUUUUGUAGAGCAAUGUGCAUCAAUGUUACCUGAAACAGUGCAAAAGACAUAUUUGCUGCAAACUUCGUUGCUUGAAGUCUCACAUAUACACUUAUUGAGCUCAAUGAGAGGUGAUGUCACAUUAUUUACCAUGGGAAGUCUCCUAGAGAUUAUUGGUUCUCUUGGUAUGUUGCUAUUGCUCUCCUAAUGUCACAGCAGCUUCACUCACUCAUGCCACAAAGAACUAGAAUGUUUGGUACAUGAUGCAGCUGCUAAUUAUACAGAGAUGUCAUUGCAUGUGAUGGAACUCAGCAGAAAAGGUUUCAGUAGGUAGAAAGCAACAUACUCUGUUCUCUCAGAUGUGGAGAUCCAGCAGCUGCUGGUGGCUAACAGGCAGGCUAACUGUGGCAAGAUAAUAGAACAUGUUGUGCUCUCUGCCUGUUGAAACCUCUUCAGGUGAGACUCUUGAGCAAUAAAGCCAUGGUAUGCUUUUUGCAAUGCCAUAGGAUGUGGCAUUUCAAAUUCAAAAUUUGUCUGGAGGAGGUGCCAAAGUCAUACUUCGCCUAGGGACCAAAAAUUCUUGGGCUGGCCCAAAGUGCAAGGAGUAUUUAAUUUGCUCUAACGGAUGUAGUACUCAAAGUUAAAGGAGAUUUACCAAACUUUUCAAGUUUUCUAGAGAUAUUCAGAAACUGGAACCAAAAUCUAAUGAAGCUUUUGCCACUUUCACCUGUAUCGAAAGACACUGUAAAAUAUUUUAAUAAGAAAUCUGAGUUCUGUUCUCAUCCAGUUCAUUUGGCAACAAACCCAGUGGGCCCUUGGUGUAUGUGCAAUACAAACAUUUGCAUGGAGUCCCAAAGCAAAAGAUGCCUAAUUGUACAUAUCAUUUCUCCCUCCAAACAAAGAUGUAAGGAUUAUUAUUGCAUUCAUUCAUUCAUUUACAUUUUAUAUCCCGCUCUUCCUCCAAGGAGCCCAGAGCAGUGUACUACAUACUUAGGUUUCUACUCACAACAACCCUGUGAUGUAGGUUAGGCUGAGAGAUUGACUUCUCUAUAUAGUUUAAUUAAAGCAUUGCUGUCAGAUUUGGCAUUAUAGCUGACCUGUUGGAGACAUUUUCCUUCAGAAAGGUGCAAGAGAUUAAGAUGCUUGGCCCAGAAUAAACUUUUCAAUCAAUCCUUUUAUUAUGGUCCUUGACCAGUAGAAAUUUAUACAGAACAAGUUGUAUACCAACCAAUACCAAUAUACCAACCAAACUUUAAAAAAAAAAUUCCCUUUCAAAAAGCGCUAUCUUCCUAGACACACAAGAUUGGGAUCAUUUCAGAUAUGAAUUAGCUACUUACCAUUAAAACACAAAGUGAGUUAAAAUGGAUAAGGCCAGUUCAGUGCAGGUUUGGUAACUUGCACUUGGUUUCUAGAAACAUUCACUUUCAGAAUAAGUAACAGCAUGUAUUUGGGUAAGCUUAAAAAGCAGCAUAUGUUUGUGUCUCAUUUUCUUUCUCUUGAUAUAUACACACACAUGUACGUGUUAAGUUGCUUCUCAACUUUAUACCCCCUCCCACUGUGUGUGUAUUAGUUAAACCUGUUCUACUGAUGAAUUACCAUGUUAAUAUUUAAAAAUGUUUCAGUAUGUUUAUAUGAAGUUUGAAUUUGUUUGGAAUAUAACAUCCAAGUCACAUUGUGCAUUCUUCUUAAAUCCUUAAUCCAAUAUUUUUGUUAAACUACUUGGCUGCUUGAAAAACAGACAUACAUCAUAUAAAAUUAAUACUGUAUGAUGUGCUUUUUGCCCCCCCCCCCCCCCCCCGGCCAAACACAUGCUAAAACAAUCACAGUCUAUGUAGACCAUUGGGAGAAUUUGUGGAAUUUUUGAGUGAUUCUUGUUCAGUGUUUAUGCAAAUGAGAAUGUGCAUGGGAAAAUCUUCCAAGCUGCACUAGUGGACUUAUUGCACCACUGUCACAAAGUAUUGUGGAUUCCAGUACAUUAUGAGAAACAUAAUGAUUAAAAAGAUACAUAUAGCAGCAUUAUAAACUCUAGUUGGCCAUGAAAGACUCCUGAAAAGAUGCACAAAAGCUUGUGUAAACAAAAGAACUUUUCUGGAUUUGUGGUCAUUUUUCUCAUACAACACUUCUACUAGGCCAGAAAAAGCCCUUCUGUGAACAUGAAUUGUUCAUUAUACUACAGAGUGUUUGAUUUUAAAAAUUACUGCCAGCAUUGUACCGAAAUGCUGGGCAUAUGUAGUUUACAACUAUUCUGAUUUGAGUACUUGGAUCUAAAGCUGCUCCCAUGUCAUAGAGGAGCUAUUGAUUCUUCAGCAGAAUCACGAUUUACCUUCAUGGAAAUCAGUGUGUAAAACUAAUGAACAUUCACAAAACUGGAAUAACAUAACUGACAGCUUUAAAAUGGAAAUUGUGUGUGAUGCUUAUCAAUGCAGGAUUGUAUGUUCAGAGAUUGACUUCAAUGUUUUAAUGACUUGUGGUUGAUUAUUUUUUAUGUGAGGACUAAAGAUGUUUGCUGUACAUUAAACAGGCAAGCUCAACCUGUCAAGAGUUUUUAAAUCUAAUAUUCUCAGCAAAAAUGUAGAUGCAGUAGUACACAAAUGUUCUGUUGGUCCUAAAUCACAAAUUUGAUGUGACAAAUUUUUAAAAAAUAAUGGCAUAGUGUAAAUAGUAUCCAUGUGAACUUGAAAACAAAUGUAAGUAUUGUUAUACUAAACAUUCUCCUU